AUGGACUACAGAAUCUUCAUCCUGGUCCUGGCGAGUAUACAUGUUGCUAUGGGCUGUGGCUGUUGGGGGAGAAAGUCUCGUAUGGAUAAGGAGGAAGAACUUUGUGGGCUCUUUGAGCAUGUAGUCUAUAAAGAUUGCUUUAAACCCGACAUCUAUGCCUGUUUAAGACUAAGCAACGAGGAAUUUAACAAGAAGUACAACGAAAUCAAGAAAUGCAUCGAGCGCAUAGAUAAAACAGGAAAUAUCAGAAACGGGUGGAGACUUUUCGGAUGGGGAAAACGUGAUGAUUUUAUCCAAUGGUUCCUGUAUAAAAUAUAUGGCCCUCUGUUCGUCCGCGUUCCUAAAGCAGAGUAA